GCCAUGUCCAACAUGGAGAAACACCUCUUUAAUUUGAAGUUUGCUGCAAAGGAACUCAACAGGAACUCCAAAAAAUGCGACAAAGAAGAAAAGGCUGAGAAAGCUAAAAUUAAGAAGGCAAUUCAGAAGGGUAACAUGGAGGUGGCACGGAUACAUGCCGAGAACGCAAUCCGCCAGAAGAACCAAGCCAUCAACUUCCUGCGUAUGAGUGCCAGGGUAGAUGCUGUUGCAGCAAGAGUUCAGACUGCAGUCACAAUGGGCAAGGUAACAAAGUCGAUGGCAGGGGUAGUUAAGUCUAUGGAUGCCACACUGAAGAGCAUGAACUUGGAAAAGAUCUCUGCACUAAUGGAUAAAUUUGAGCAUCAGUUUGAAACUCUGGAUGUUCAGACACAGCAGAUGGAGGACACAAUGAGCAACACUACUACACUAACAACGCCACAGAACCAAGUGGAUAUGCUCCUACAGGAAAUGGCAGAUGAAGCAGGUCUUGAUCUGAACAUGGAACUACCUCAGGGACAGACAGGUUCUGUUGGUACAAGUGUUGCCUCAGCAGAACAGGAUGAGCUGUCUCAGAGACUGGCCCGCCUACGUGAUCAAGUCUAACAGAGCUGCAGCUCUCUACCUGCUUUCAUAAUGCCCUCUCUGUACCUAACCCUUUGAUACACUAGGAAAGUGUAUCCAGUAUGGCUGUGGUGUCUGAAUAUUUGUAAUGUAGGGUACUCUACUUCAAGCUUGCUACUCUUUCUAAAAUACAUUAUAAGUGACUCAAAAAUAUCAGCUCUCUAAUGUCCUUUUUCUGUACAUUUUGAAGUUGAUAUAUUUUUUGGCAAGCUUUUUUUUUCUCAGAAUCAAGUUGACAUUCUGAGUCAGCUAGUAAUGGUGGUGCAUUCUAGCUGAAGGAGAAGCAGGUUGCCAUUGAUAUUUUAAAUUAUGAAGUGAUUUUUUUUAAAUUAUGAGAACUGUUUGUGGUGGAGAACUGAUGUGUUCAGUUCAGGUGAUAGUUGUAGAUAACUUUCUGACACAGCCAAACUCCUGGAACAAGCAAAGGUGGCCAGUGUGGACUUCAUGGACUUAAAGAAAUGGGCUUCAGUCUGAGGUUUUUAGUCUUUUCCAGCUAGAGUAAUUGUGUUGAAAUUGGACUUUCAGUUAAAAAAUCAAGUUACUAAAAGCUGCUUCCAUGUAUCUGGGAACUUGUAUGGUGUCACCACCUUAGUACAGGAGGAAUAAAACCUAUUUUUCAACUCUUUGUCAGUUCUGUUGAGUGUUGCAGCUUGCUCCUUGUUUAAUGUCAAGUG